AUAUUCAAUCAUUCAAAUUAACUCAAUCAAAACCACACUCCAUAUUAAUACCAGAAAUAAUUCCAAAAAUGAAGAAAAUGCAUAAUCCACCUAAAUCUACAUAUACUGAACCAUUGGAAAUUUCUUUAUUACUUAUGACGAAAGAGAAAAAUCAUCAAGAAGUUAAGAAAUUGAAGAUUCAAAGUGAUAGACUUAGGUCAAGAUGUACAGAAGUCAUUCAUAAUAAUACAAAUAGUAUACAACAACAAAAUGAUCUUCAUUCAGAUGAUAAUUAA